UGUCUACCAGUAGAUGGCGGUACCCCGUUGGUUUCUGUCAGCCUUUUUUUUUUUUUUUUUUUUCCCCUCAAAGCUGUUUUCUGAUAUAUGUUGGGUACCAUAGAGUGAAUCUCAGAACAGGAAGCGGAGGCAUAGCAGAGAGGAUUCUGGAAAGGUCCCUUUGUGUUUUUGUCCACAGAGAAAUAAAGAAAAACACACACAUUGUAAUUAAUUUGUAAACCUCUGUGGCCAAAAAUGUGAACAACUGCAAGAGAAGGCACACUGCACUCUAACCAUCUUGGAUGCGGGGCUUUGUUAUGCUGUGAUCCCUGAGGCUCUCUUUUAUCAGACCCUGGAACAAGAACACUGACGUCCAGCCUCAUCAGAGUUCCUUGGAGACGAGAUAUCUGUCAAGGAGUACUGUCUUACUGGGGCAAAGACACAGAACCUCUUCUAGGAUCCUAUACGACAAAUGAGAUAAUUCCCAGAAGUGGCCUGGAGCUCUUUCGGAAAAAGGCAAUUCUUAUGCAAGAAGCUAAACGUGAUUAAAUGUGCAGGAUGAAAAGAUGGCACAGGCACUGCUGGUACCCCCGGGACCUGAGAGCUUCCGCCUUUUCACUAGAGAAUCCCUUGCUGCUAUUGAAAAACGUGCUGCAGAAGAGAAAGCCAAGAACCCCAAGAGAGAACAAGACAAUGAUGACGAGAACAAACCAAAGCCAAAUGGUGACUUGGAAGCUGGAAAAAACCUCCCGUUUAUUUAUGGAGAUAUCCCUCCUGAGAUGGUGUCAGAGCCCCUGGAGGACCUGGACCCGUACUACAUCAGUAAGAAAACUUUUAUAGUAUUGAAUAAAGGGAAGGCAAUUUUCCGAUUCAGUGCCACCUCUGCCUUGUAUAUUUUAACUCCACUAAACCCUGUUAGAAAAAUUGCUAUUAAGAUUUUGGUACAUUCUUUAUUCAGCAUGCUUAUCAUGUGCACUAUUUUGACCAACUGUGUAUUUAUGACCUUGAGUAACCCUCCAGACUGGACAAAGAAUGUAGAGUAUACAUUCACUGGGAUCUAUACCUUUGAGUCUCUAAUAAAAAUCUUGGCAAGAGGAUUUUGCUUAGAAAAUUUUACAUUCCUUCGUGAUCCAUGGAACUGGUUGGAUUUUAGUGUCAUUGUGAUGGCGUAUAUAACAGAAUUUGUAAACCUAGGCAAUGUUUCAGCUCUUCGAACUUUCAGAGUCUUGAGAGCUUUGAAAACAAUUUCUGUAAUCCCAGGUUUAAAGACCAUCGUGGGGGCCCUGAUCCAGUCUGUGAAGAAGCUCUCUGACGUCAUGAUCCUGACCGUGUUCUGUCUGAGUGUGUUUGCGCUGAUUGGUCUGCAGCUGUUCAUGGGCAACCUGCGGAAUAAAUGCUUGCAAUGGCCCCCAAGCGAUUCUGCUUUUGAAAACAACACCACUUCCUUCUUUAAUGGCACAAUGGACUCAAACGGGACAUUUGUUAAUGUAACAAUGAGCACAUUUGACUGGAAGGAAUACAUUGAAGAUGACAGUCACUUUUAUGUUUUGGAUGGACACAAAGACCCUUUACUCUGUGGGAAUGGCUCAGAUGCAGGCCAGUGCCCAGAGGGAUACAUCUGUGUGAAGGCUGGUCGAAAUCCCAACUAUGGCUACACAAGCUUUGACACUUUUAGCUGGGCUUUCUUGUCCCUGUUUCGACUGAUGACUCAAGACUACUGGGAAAACCUUUACCAAUUGACACUACGUGCUGCUGGAAAAACAUACAUGAUAUUUUUCGUCCUGGUGAUUUUUUUGGGCUCCUUUUACUUGGUGAAUUUGAUCCUGGCUGUGGUGGCCAUGGCCUAUGAGGAGCAGAAUCAGGCCACCAUGGAAGAGGCAGAGCAGAAAGAGGCGGAAUUUCAGCAGAUGCUCGAACAGCUUAAAAAGCAGCAAGAAGAGGCUCAGGCAGUUGCAGCAGCAUCAGCUGCUUCAAGAGAUUUUAGUGGAAUAGGUGGUCUGGGAGAGCUCUUGGAAAGUUCCUCAGAAGCCUCAAAGUUAAGCUCCAAAAGUGCAAAGGAGUGGAGGAACAGAAGGAAGAAGAGAAGACAGAGGGAGCACCUUGAAGAAAACAACAAAGGCGAGGGAGACAGGUUUCCCAAAUCUGAAUCCGAAGACAGUGUCAAGAGAAGAAGCUUCCUUUUUUCCAUGGAUGGAAACCGCCUGACUAGUGACAAGAAAUUCUACUCCCCUCAUCAGUCUCUGCUAAGUAUCCGUGGCUCCCUGUUUUCCCCACGACGCAACAGCAAAACAAGCAUUUUCAGCUUCAGAGGUCGGGCCAAGGAUGUCGGUUCUGAAAAUGACUUUGCUGAUGAUGAGCACAGCACAUUUGAAGACAGCGAGAGCAGGAGAGACUCACUGUUUGUGCCCCACAGACACGGAGAGCGACGCAACAGUAACGUUAGUCAGGCCAGUAUGUCAUCCAGGAUGGUGCCAGGGCUUCCAGCAAAUGGGAAGAUGCACAGCACUGUGGAUUGCAAUGGUGUGGUUUCCUUGGUGGGUGGACCAUCAGCUUUAACCUCACCUACUGGACAACUGCCAGAGGUGAUAAUAGAUGAUAAGUUAGCUCCUACUGACAUAUUUGGUUUGCAGGGCACCACCACAGAAACAGAGGUCAGAAAGAGAAGGCUAAGUUCGUACCAGAUUUCGAUGGAAAUGCUAGAGGAUUCCUCUGGAAGGCAGAGAGCCAUGAGCAUAGCUAGCAUCCUGACCAACACAAUGGAGGAACUUGAAGAAUCUAGGCAGAAAUGUCCACCCUGCUGGUACAGAUUUGCCAAUGUGUUCUUGAUCUGGGACUGCUGUGAUACAUGGUUAAAAGUGAAGCAUCUUGUGAAUUUAAUUGUGAUGGACCCAUUUGUUGAUCUUGCCAUCACUAUUUGCAUUGUCUUAAACACCCUCUUUAUGGCCAUGGAGCACUACCCAAUGACUGGCCAAUUCAGUACUGUGUUGACUGUAGGAAACCUGGUCUUCACUGGGAUCUUCACAGCAGAAAUGGUUCUCAAGCUCAUUGCCAUGGAUCCCUACUAUUAUUUCCAAGAGGGAUGGAAUAUCUUCGACGGCAUUAUUGUCAGUCUCAGUUUGAUGGAGCUUGGCCUGUCCAGUGUGGAGGGAUUGUCUGUACUGAGAUCAUUCAGACUGCUUCGUGUUUUCAAGUUGGCAAAAUCCUGGCCCACCCUGAACAUGCUAAUUAAGAUCAUCGGCAAUUCAGUGGGGGCCCUGGGGAACCUCACCUUGGUGUUGGCCAUCAUCGUCUUCAUCUUUGCUGUGGUCGGCAUGCAGCUCUUUGGCAAGAGCUACAAAGAAUGUGUCUGCAAGAUCUCCAGCGACUGUCAACUUCCGCGCUGGCACAUGCAUGACUUCUUCCACUCCUUCCUGAUUGUGUUCCGUGUGCUGUGUGGAGAGUGGAUAGAGACCAUGUGGGACUGCAUGGAGGUCGCCGGCCAAACCAUGUGCCUUAUUGUUUUCAUGUUGGUCAUGGUUAUUGGAAACCUCGUGGUUCUGAACCUCUUUCUGGCCUUGUUGCUGAGUUCAUUUAGCUCUGACAACCUUGCUGCUACUGAUGAUGAUAAUGAAAUGAACAAUCUCCAGAUUGCAGUAGGAAGGAUGCAAAAGGGAAUUGAUUAUGUGAAAAGUAAGAUACAGGACUGUUUCCGAAAAACCUUUUUUAGAAAGCCAAAAGUUCUAGAAAUCCAGGAAGGCAACAAAAUAGACAGCUGCAUGUCCAAUAAUACUGCAAUUGAAAUAAGCAAAGAGCUUAAUUAUCUAAAAGAUGGGAAUGGAACCACCAGCGGUGUAGGCACUGGAAGCAGUGUUGAAAAAUAUGUAAUCGAUGAAAAUGAUAUGUCCUUCAUAAACAACCCCAGCCUCACUGUAACAGUGCCAAUUGCUGUUGGAGAGUCUGAUUUCGAAAACUUAAAUACUGAGGAGUUCAGCAGUGAGUCUGAACUGGAAGAAAGCAAAGAGAAAUUAAAUGGAACCAGCUCAUCUGAAGGAAGCACCGUUGACGUUGCUCCGCCCCGAGAAGGUGAACUAGCUGAAGUUGAGCCAGAAGAAGACCUUAAACCAGAAGCUUGUUUCACUGAAGGGUGUAUUAAAAAGUUUCCGUUCUGUCAAGUAAGUACAGAAGAAGGCAAAGGAAAGGUCUGGUGGAAUCUUCGAAAAACCUGCUACAGCAUUGUUGAACACAACUGGUUUGAGACUUUCAUUGUCUUCAUGAUCCUCCUUAGUAGUGGUGCUUUGGCUUUUGAGGAUAUAUACAUUGAACAAAGAAAGACUAUCAAAACCAUGCUCGAAUAUGCUGACAAGGUGUUCACUUAUAUAUUCAUCCUGGAGAUGCUUCUCAAAUGGGUAGCUUAUGGAUUUCAAACAUAUUUCACGAAUGCCUGGUGCUGGCUAGAUUUCUUGAUCGUUGAUGUUUCUCUGGUUAGCUUGGUCGCCACUGCACUCGGCUACUCAGAACUUGGUGCCAUCAAAUCCCUCCGGACACUAAGAGCUUUAAGACCUCUGAGAGCUUUAUCCCGGUUUGAAGGCAUGAGGGUGGUUGUGAAUGCUCUUAUUGGCGCAAUUCCCUCCAUCAUGAACGUGCUCUUGGUUUGUCUUAUCUUCUGGCUGAUCUUUAGCAUCAUGGGUGUGAAUUUGUUUGCUGGCAAGUUCUACCACUGUGUUAACACAACAACGGGUAACAUGUUUGACGUUAGUGAAGUCAACAACUUUAGUGACUGCCAGGCUCUUGGCAAGCAAGCUCGGUGGAAAAACGUGAAAGUAAACUUUGACAAUGUUGGUGCUGGAUAUCUCGCAUUGCUGCAAGUGGCCACAUUUAAAGGCUGGAUGGAAAUUAUGUAUGCAGCUGUUGAUUCACGAGAUGUUAAACUUCAGCCUGUAUACGAAGAAAAUCUGUACAUGUACUUAUACUUUGUCAUCUUUAUCAUCUUUGGGUCAUUCUUCACUCUGAAUCUGUUCAUUGGUGUCAUCAUAGAUAACUUCAACCAACAGAAAAAGAAGUUUGGAGGUCAAGACAUCUUUAUGACAGAGGAACAAAAAAAAUAUUACAAUGCAAUGAAGAAACUUGGGUCCAAGAAACCUCAGAAACCCAUACCUCGGCCUGCAAACAAAUUCCAAGGAAUGGUCUUUGAUUUUGUAACCAGACAAGUCUUUGAUAUCAGCAUCAUGAUCCUCAUCUGCCUGAACAUGGUCACCAUGAUGGUAGAAACUGAUGACCAGAGCAAAUAUAUGACUCAAGUUUUAUCCCGGAUCAACCUUGUGUUCAUUAUCCUGUUCACUGGAGAGUUUGUGCUAAAGCUCAUCUCCCUCAGAUACUACUACUUCACCAUAGGCUGGAACAUUUUUGACUUUGUGGUGGUGAUUCUCUCCAUUGUAGGCAUGUUUCUGGCUGAGAUGAUAGAAAAGUAUUUUGUGUCCCCUACCUUGUUCCGAGUGAUCCGUCUUGCCAGGAUUGGCCGCAUCCUACGUCUGAUCAAAGGGGCCAAGGGGAUCCGCACGCUGCUCUUUGCUCUGAUGAUGUCCCUCCCUGCCCUGUUUAACAUUGGCCUCCUGCUCUUCCUGGUCAUGUUCAUCUACGCCAUCUUUGGGAUGUCCAACUUUGCUUAUGUUAAAAAGGAAGCUGGAAUUGAUGACAUGUUCAACUUUGAAACUUUUGGCAACAGCAUGAUCUGCCUGUUCCAGAUCACCACCUCUGCUGGCUGGGACGGGCUGCUGGCACCUAUUCUCAACAGUGCACCACCUGACUGUGACCCUGAUGCAAUUCACCCUGGAAGCUCAGUGAAGGGAGACUGUGGGAACCCAUCUGUGGGGAUUUUCUUUUUCGUCAGCUACAUCAUCAUAUCCUUUCUGGUGGUGGUGAACAUGUACAUCGCUGUCAUCCUGGAGAACUUCAGUGUCGCCACUGAGGAAAGCGCAGAGCCCCUGAGUGAGGAUGACUUUGAGAUGUUCUAUGAGGUCUGGGAGAAGUUUGACCCCGAUGCCACCCAGUUUAUAGAGUUCUCCAAGCUCUCCGACUUUGCAGCUGCCCUGGAUCCUCCUCUUCUGGUAGCAAAGCCAAACAAAGUCCAGCUCAUCGCCAUGGACCUGCCCAUGGUCAGUGGAGACCGGAUCCACUGCCUCGACAUUUUAUUUGCCUUUACAAAGCGUGUUUUGGGUGAGAGCGGAGAGAUGGAUGCCCUUCGAAUACAGAUGGAAGACCGGUUCAUGGCAUCGAACCCAUCCAAAGUCUCCUACGAACCCAUCACCACCACUUUGAAACGCAAACAAGAGGAGGUGUCUGCUGCUAUUAUUCAGCGUAAUUUCAGAUGUUAUCUUUUAAAGCAAAGGUUAAAAAAGGUAUCAAGUAAAUAUAAUAAAGAGGCAAUCAAAGGGAGGGUUGACUUACCUAUAAAGGAAGACAUGAUUAUUGACAAAUUAAAUGGGAACUCCACCCCAGAAAAAACAGAUGGAAGUUCCUCUACCACCUCUCCUCCUUCCUACGAUAGUGUAACAAAGCCAGACAAAGAAAAGUUUGAGAAAGACAAACCAGAAAAAGAAAGCAAAGGGAAAGAGGUCAGGGAAAAUCAGAAGUAAAAACAAAGAAUUAUCUUUGUGAUCAAUUGUUUACAGCCUAUGAAGGUAAAGUCUAUGUGUCAACAGGACUCCCAGAGGAGGUCUAUGCCAAACUGACUGUUUUAACAAAUACCCAUGGUCAGUGCCUAUAACAAGACAGUGGCCUCUCCGUCACUACAACUCUGUGAGUCAGGGUAUCAACAUUGACAAAAGGUUGCGGUUCUCAUUACCAGCUGCCACUGCUGAGGAGAAACUCAACAGCUACCUAGACUAUAGGGAUAGUUGUGCAGUGAUCAUUGUAACUACACCAAACACCUUUAGUACAGUACUAGCACCCACUCUAUUUUUAACUUCCAUAUCUGCCAUAUUUUUACAAAAUUUGUUCUAGUGGAUUCCCUGGUCCCUAAUUCAUAGUUUAUUCAUAAUACUAUGUCACUAUUUUUGUAAAUGAGGUUUAAGUUGAGAAAAAAAAAGUAUAUGAUCCCUGUGUUCUCAAAAGUUUCUCAAAUAAUCAGACAAAAGUGUUUUGUCUGAGAGAUAAAAUUCUAGUUCAAAACCAGAAACAAAAUUGUACUAUCAACAAUUUCAGGUACUUCCAUUUUCUAGAUGAUUUUAAUUUUGAAAGUGUUGGUCUAUGUUUGUUUAUAUCUGAACAGUUAUGUGCCUGUAAAGUCUCCUCUAAUUUUAAAGGAUUAUUUUUAUGCAAAGUGUUCUGUUUCAGCAAGUGCAAAUUUUAUUCCAAGUUCCAGAGUUCUAUAUUUAAUUUUGGUUAAAUGCUUUUUAAAAAAAGUAAUUUAAUAAUCUGUUCUAGAAAAGUAUAGUCUAUCUAAAGUAUCACUUUAGAAUAGUUGUUCCACUUUCUGCUGCAGUAUUGUUUUGCCAUCUUUUGCUCUUAGCAAAGCUGACAUUUUAUUCAACACCCUGUUAUGUAAAUAGUUAUUUUUUCCUGUGGUGCAUGUUUGGGCAAAUAUAUAUAUAUUAGUAUAUAUACAGCCGGAUAAACAAGUUCUAUUAAAUCAAAUAUGUACCACAGUAUAUGUGUCUUUUGCGAGCUUCCAACAGGGAUAUAACCUGUACCAUUCAUUAAACAUAAAUAGUUCAAAGACUAUCACUAAUGCAUGUUAAUAUUGCCUAUGCUGCUCUAUUUUACUCAAUCCAUUCUUCAUAAGUCUUGAUUAGAAGAAGUGAUAUGUUGGUGGUAGACUGAAUUCAACCAGCUCUCUGUCUAGUAUAUCAAGCAGAAUAGCUUGCAGUUAUUUAAAAGCACUUUGACUUUUGCAUUUUUAAUUUGAGUGUUGUGUAGUGUCUCUUUAGAUCUCAAAGAAACACACUGCAUACUGCCUGUUGUCAAAACCUGUAUACUUCAUACUUUGCUAUAAAUAUGUCCAACACUUGUUGAAAUAUAAUGUAAAAAUAUAAUCAAUUUUAUUUGUCACAUUUGUACAUAAGAAAAUUAUUUUCAGGUUGAUGACAUGGCAACUUAUUUUGCUUUCUGCUUUUGCUUCUUAUUUUUAAUCACAACUCCAAACUUUUGAAUUCAUAAGACUUUUCAAAGGAUAAUUUCCUAAAAUAAAAGUUAGACACUGGGUUUUGUGAAUUACUUUGUUAUAUUUUCUACCAUACCAAUAGUAGAUACAUUGGUCAAAAACUGAAACCUAGAUCAUUUUUACCAAUUCUGGUUGCCUCUAACACUUUAUUCAUGGAAGAUUUUUUUUUUAAAUCAACUUUUGUAGUAUUUGCUUAUGCAGACUAGUCUUAUUUUUUUAAUUCCUGCUACACUAAAGCUAUUAGAGAUAUAACUUGGACUGUGUCCUUUCCAGCCAUGCACAAAGUGGCAAAGUUGUGCAAUGAUCUGAAAUGCUAGAGUUUUUUGCACAAACCAAAAAUAUGUUAAUUCAUUUUACAAAACUAUUUACUUGUAGUGUAUUGAUGAAAUGCAUGCAGGGAAUUGCUAUUACUAAAAAAGAAUGGUGAGCUACGUCAUUAUUGAGCCAAAAGAAUAAAUAUUUCAUUUUUUAUUGUA